AUGUCGCAUAGCGUGUUGGUCAUCGGAAGCGGCGGACGCGAGCACGCCAUCUGUUGGAAGCUCACACAGUCGCCGAAAGUUGCGCAGAUCUAUGCGCUGCCCGGCAGCUUUGGCAUUGCGCAGCUGGGCUCAAAGUGCCAAAAUGUUGGCGCUGACGCACUGGACCCGAAGGAUUUUGAGGCCAUUGCCAAGUGGUGCACGCAGAAACUGAUCUCGCUGGUGGUGGUUGGGCCCGAAGAUCCGCUGGCUUUGGGGCUGGGCGAUGUGCUGCAGAAGGCAGGCAUUGCCUGCUUUGGGCCCGGCAAGCAGGGCGCCCAAAUAGAGGCGGACAAAAAGUGGGCCAAGGACUUUAUGCUGCGUCAUGGCAUACCAACGGCACGCUACGAGAGCUUCACGGACGUGAACAAGGCCAAAAAGUUUAUACGCAAUGCACCUUACCGCGCUCUGGUGGUCAAGGCCGCUGGAUUAGCCGCUGGCAAGGGCGUCGUGGUGGCCACCCAUGAGGAUGAGGCCUGUGCGGCCGUUGACGAGAUACUUGGCCGGCUCAAGUACGGUGAGGCGGGCUCCACUCUGGUCGUGGAGGAGCUGCUCGAGGGCGAGGAAGUCUCUGUGCUGGCCUUCACCGAUGGCAAAACAAUUCAGGCCAUGCUGCCCGCCCAGGAUCACAAGCGUCUGUGCAAUGGCGACACCGGACCCAACACUGGCGGCAUGGGCGCCUACUGUCCCUGCCCCUUGAUUAGCAAGCAGGCCCUGGAGCUGGUGCAGCGCGCCGUCCUGGAACGUGCUGUCAAGGGCUUGGGCCAGGAACGCAUCGCCUACCAGGGCGUGCUCUAUGCUGGCCUCAUGCUGACGCGCGAUGGUCCACGCGUUCUCGAGUUCAACUGUCGCUUUGGUGAUCCCGAGACGCAGGUAAUACUUCCGCUCCUCGAGUCGGAUUUAUAUGAGGUGAUGCAGGCCUGCUGCACCGGAAAGCUGGACAAGAUCACCCUGCAAUGGCGCAGCAGCUUGAGUGCGGUCGGUGUGAUCAUGGCCAGCGCUGGCUAUCCGGAAACCUCGACCAAGGGCUCCCGCAUAUUAGGUCUGCCCGAGGAAAAUACAGAUACCCAACUGAUCUUCCACAGCGGCCUGGCCGUUAAUGCCCAGAAGGAGCCACUGACAAAUGGUGGACGCGUGCUCAUCGCCGUUGCCCUGGACGCCAGUCUGAGGCUGGCCGCUGCCCAGGCCACCAAAUUGGCGGCGAGCAUCAGUUUUGCCGGGGAUGGAGCUCAAUAUCGCACGGAUAUUGCACAGAAGGCAAUUAAAAUGACGCCGGCUGCACCGCUCAGCUACAAGGACAGCGGCGUGGAUAUCGAUGCGGGCGACGCCUUGGUACAACGCAUCAAGCCUCUGUCACGUGGCACCCAGAGACCCGGUGUCAUGGGCGGCCUGGGCGGCUUUGGCGGGCUGUUCCGCGUCAAGGAUCUCAGCUACAAGCAGCCUGUGAUCGCCGAGGCCAUUCAGGGCGUGGGCGCUAAGAUACAGUUGGCUCUGCAGAAUGAGCUCUACGAUCACAUUGGCUAUGAUCUGGUUGCCAUGUGCUGCAACGAGCUACUGGAGCUGGGCGCCGAGCCGGUCGCAUUUCUGGACUAUAUUGCCUGCGGCAAGCUGCAGGUGCCCCUGGCCGCCCAACUCGUCAAGGGCAUGGCCGAUGCCUGUCGGGAUGGCCGUUGCGCUCUACUAGGUGGCGAAACUGCGGAGAUGCCCUCGCUGUAUGCGCGCGGUCAGUACGACAUGGCUGGCUACUGCGUGGGUCUGGUGGAGCAGUCGCAGGUGCUGCCGCGCUUUGACUCGUAUCAGGCUGGAGAUUUGCUUGUCGGUCUGCCCUCGUCCGGGCUGCACUGUGCGGGCUUCAAUGAGCUGCUCAUUCAACUGGCCGCGGCUGGAGUCAGUCUCAAGGAGCGCUCGCCCGUCGGCGGCGAUCAUGGACUCAGUUUAGCUCAGGUGCUGGGCACACCGACGCGCCUCUAUGUGCAACAGCUGCUGCCACAUCUGCAGGCGGGUGAGAUAAAGGGCGUGGCACACGUAACACACGGACUGCUGCCCGACGUGGAGCGCCUGCUGCCCGACAGAUUCGAGGUGCGGCUGGACUUUGGUGCGGUGCCCGUGCCCCAGAUCUUUGGCUGGCUGGCAGGCCAGCUGCAGCUGAGCGCGCCGGCGUUGCUGGAGCGGCACAACUGUGGCAUUGGCAUGUUGCUGGUGCUGCCCAAGGCCAGCCAGCUGUGGCACAGCGUAUUGCCCGACGCCAAGGUGCUGGGCGUUUUGCAGUCACGCAAGGAGAACGGCGCUCGAAUCCAGGUGCGCAACUUUGAGGAGCAGCUGCUGCAGUUGGCGGCGCCAUUCGGCGGCUUGGGCGGCAAACAGUUGCCCAUGGAGCUGGUGGAGCCGCAGCUGCCAGCGUUAACCGCUGCGAACAAGGAUUGCUUUGAGAACGACACCGGACGGCGCCUAACACGCCUGCCCGCCCACUACACGGAUCCCAUACUCGUCCUGGGCACAGACGGCGUCGGCACCAAACUGAAGGUCGCCCAGCAAACGGGACGCCACGACACCGUCGGCAUCGAUCUGGUGGCCAUGUGCGUCAAUGACAUACUCUGCAACGGCGCCCAGCCAUUCAGCUUCUCCAGCUACUAUGCCUGUGGCAAAUGGCAGGCCCUAUCCGCCGCCGAGGUGGCUGCCGGAGUCCAAGAGGGCGCAAGCCAGGCAAACAGCACCUUGAUGGAUGUCCACAUAGCCGCCUUAUCGCUGCUGUAUGAGCCGCAGGUCUACGAUCUGGCCGGCUUUGCGCUGGGCAUAGCGGACCGAGCCGGCAUAUUGCCACGACUGAAUGAUAUACAGCCGGGUGAUAUGCUCAUUGGGCUGCCGUCGUCUGGCGUGCACAGCAACGGAUUCAGUCUGGUGCAUAAGGUGCUCAGGCGAGCGGGUCUAACCCUGUCGGAUCCGGCAACCUUCAGCGGGCGUACGCUGGGCGAGGAGCUGCUGGUGCCGACCAAGAUCUAUGUGGAGGCGCUGAGCCCGCUGCUGGCGCAGGCGGACAAUGGCAUCAAGGCGCUGGCCCACAUCACCGGCGGCGGUCUGCUCGAGAAUAUACCGCGUGUGCUGCGCAAGGAUCUGACGGUGCGUCUCGAUGCCAACAAGUAUCCAUUGCCGCCGAUCUUUGCCUGGCUGGCCGCGGCCGGCAAUAUCGCGCCGCUCGAGCUGCAGCGCACCUACAACUGCGGCCUGGGUCUCAUCUUGGUGGUCAGUGCGGAGCAGGUUAAGGCCGUGAUGCAGCAGCUGCGCUACACACAACGCGCUGUCGUCGUGGGCGAGGUCAUCGCACGCACGGAGAACAAGAAGCCGCAGGUUGUGGUCAAGAACUUCGAGGCAUCUCUGGCGCGCAGCCUAAAGCUGUUGACGCAGCCACGCCGCCGCGUCGCAGUCCUCAUCUCCGGCACGGGCAGCAAUCUGCAGGCGCUCAUCGGUUCGUCGCGCGACUCGGCCCAGGCGUUGCACGCCGAGAUUGCGCUGGUCAUCAGCAAUAAGGCCGGCGUGCUGGGCCUGGAACGCGCCACCGCGGCGGGCAUACCAUCGCUGGUCAUCUCGCAUCGUGACUUUGCCAGCCGUGAGGAUUUCGAUGCGGAACUGACGCGUCAUCUGGUCGCGGCACGCAUCGAUCUCGUCUGUCUGGCCGGGUUUAUGCGUGUGCUGAGCGCGCCUUUUGUGAGCCACUGGCGCGGACGUCUCAUCAAUAUACAUCCAUCGCUGUUGCCCAAAUAUCCGGGUCUGGAUGUGCAGCGCAAGGCGCUCGAGGCCGGCGAAAUAGAAUCCGGUUGCACCGUACACUUCGUGGACGAGGGCGUCGAUACCGGCAGCAUUCUGGUCCAGGCCACCGUGCCCAUACUCGAGGGCGAUGAUGUCAAUAGCCUGACGCAGCGCAUCCACCUGGCCGAGCACUGGGCAUAUCCACGCGCCUUGGCGAUUCUGGCCUCCAGCGGGGCCAAAGACGUCGUCAACACGUCGAACUAGCGUGUGCACGGAUUUCCAUGCCAAACCUUUAAGACAGCUCUUCAAUUCGUAGCCCUUCAUAUCAAUGACAUGAUUAUUUUAUAAUAUACAUAUAUGUAAAUAUUGAUAAAUAAAUUUAACCCCAUAAUCUUGCUGUCGAUCAUACUA